AUGAAGUACAUUUUAGUAUGCGGAGGAGUUAUUUCCGGAGUAGGGAAAGGAGUUGUAUCAAGCAGUAUAGGAAGAAUCUUAAAGGAAGAAGGGCAUCACAUAACAAUUGUAAAGAUUGAUCCGUACUUGAACUUCAAUGCAGGCACGCUAGGACCAAAAGACCAUGGAGAAGUAUUUGUACUGGACGAUGGGACAGAAACGGACUUAGAUUUAGGAAAUUAUGAGAGGUUCUUAGGGUCAAACCUCACUAGGUUUAACAGCAUAACCAGUGGGAGGAUGUACAGUGAAGUGAUCAAGCGAGAGAGAGAGGGAGAGUAUUUAGGGAAGACCGUCCAGGUAGUCCCUCAUGUGACUGACCAUAUUAAGAACAGUAUCAGGAAUGCAGCCUGUGUCCCGAUUGAGAACCAUACGACACCACCAACUAUUUGUGUGAUUGAAUUAGGAGGUGUAGUGGGAGAUAUCGAAUCGAUCACUUUUAUUGAAGCACUCAGACAGAUGCAUGUAGAAGAGGGCAGGGAUAAUUUCGUGAUUGUGGGUGUAGAUUAUGCCUUAGAGUUAAAUAAUGAGCAUAAGACCAAGCCAAUACAGGCAUCAGCUAAAAGGGCACGGGAACUUGGCAUCCCAUACGAUGUUGUAGUAUGCCGAUCAGAGAGACCCAUUGAUAAAGAGCCCUUAGAUAAGAUCGCUUUAUUUACGGGUGUAGAGAAGAUCGUACAAAUGCCCGACUGUGACGUAUUAUCAGUCCCUACACAACUCUCUCAGAAGAGUGGUAUCCUGGAGUACUUACAGAGGAGACUGCACAUCCCCGUGUGUAAGACAGAAGUACCAGGGAAGGGUGAGUACUUCUUAAAAAUAACAGCCCAGAAGAAGCACCUGUGCAGGAUCGCCAUUGUUGGUAAGUACAGUAACCAUGAGGAUGCGUACCUGUCCAUUAAAGAGUCACUGAAAUUUGCAGGUGCAGUUGAUGACUUAAACACAGAAGUGGACACGACGUACUUUGACACAUCCUCAUUCAUGAAGCCAGAGAACCUUUCAUCCCUGGACGUAUUUGAUGGUAUAAUCAUACCCGGUGGGUUUGGUAAAAGGGGGGUUGAGCAGAUGGUCCUUGUGGCAGAGUAUGCCAGGACUAACAGAAUACCUUUAUUAGGGAUCUGCCUGGGCAUGCAAAUAAUUGCGAUCGAGUACGCCAGGAACGUAUUAAAAAUACAAAAUGCAACGAGUGAGGAACUUGUCACUGAGGAGGACAUUCACACGAUAAUUGAUGAUAAAAUCAAUGACCAGCCGCAUACUUCUGAUGGGGUUAUUGGGUACGCACUGAUCGUAUCCAAGCACUCAAAUAAAAUGCGGAUUGGCCGGCAUGAGACAGAAACCAUUCCUGGGUCGCGUAUGGCCACUUUCUAUGGGAAUCCUGGGGGUUCAAUUAUAUCCGAGAGGUUCAGGCACCGGUACGGCGUAAAUGUGAAAUAUAUCCAGGCGUUCGAGAAGCACGGUCUGAAAAUUGCUGCUCGUCACAAGAACUACAUAGAUGCACUUGAGAUACCAGAGAAUCCCUUUUAUUGCGGUGUACAAUUCCACCCAGAAUUCCUUUCGAAACCGACCGAGCCCAGGCCGUGUUUUAUUGCGUUCCUUGCUGCUUGUUUAGGGAUAGAUAAAGAACAAUAA